CUCGAGUACUCCUCAUCGCAGGGCCAAGACUGCGGGCAUUCCUUUGUUCCUGCAUUUAUAACUAGCUCUUUAUACUGUAUGGAGUUCAAGACAGAGUCCUUGACUCCUCAUUGUGCCCUGGGCAACCGUCCCCUGACUCGAUGGAUGCAGUAUCUCCGAGAGGGAUACACAGUGUGUGUGGACUGUCAGCCUCCAGCUAUGAAUUCCGUGAGCCUGCGUUGCUCUGGAGAUGGCCUGGAUUCUGAUGGAAAUCAGACUCUUCGCUGGCAAGCCAUUGGCAAUCCUCGAUGUCAAGGGACCUGGAAGAAAGUGCGGGGGAGAGAGCAGUGUUCUUGUCCAGAAGUGCACCGCUUCAUUUUCAUAUAGAGUACCUAGAAGCCACUGGCAUCGAAGUUGCCAGUGGGCUGAGUAUUGCUGAGUUCAACACUCCAGAAGCCUCCAAAAACUAUGCCAAGUCCCCCGGCACCCUCUAUUGCCAUGCUUUGCCUCUGAGAAAGAAAAUUUAGGGAUAGUUCUCAAGGAUCACAACCUCUUUGUCUUUAUUUUACUGAGUUAAGGACCCAUACUAAAAGCUCUAUGGCCUAUGACCUUGACUUUACAUUUGGCCACAGAAUACAUGUCCAUUUGUACUAGAAUCACUACCAUGGGCUCCAGUUUGGGGUCAGUUCUUGUUUAAGGGCAUCUAUAUGGUCUUUGUCUUUAUUGGUGUUUUGUUUUAAAUUAAA